CAAAGGUGACAAAAUCUCACUUUACUGAGCAUUGACAGUAGAAGCAUUCAAAGAAGAAUCUAAUUUUAUGCAAGAAAUACUCUGGAAAAUCCGAAACUGGACUGAUUUUACGAAACUAUAGUGUGCAGUGAAUGAAAUUUUAAAUUGAUUCGGAAUUGUGUGACCGUUAAUUCAUAGAGAAUCGCAGUCACAAAGUACCGCACAUAUACACACACACACUUACACCGUUUGUCAAUACGUCAAAAGUUUAGCACAAAACACUCAGCAAAAACAUGGAAGAAGUGAUGAUUAGUGACCAAGAAAAGGUACGGAUUGUAUCCGAUUUUAUAUUACACGCACCGCCCGGUGAAUUCAAUGAAGUGUUCAACGACGUAAGAGAAUUGCUGAAAAAUGAUACUCUGCUGAAAGAAGGUGCAAGCGCCGCAUUCGCUCAAUACAACAAAGAUCAAUUAACUCCCGUUCGCAUCGAAUCAACCGAACAGCAGGCAGUUAUUACCGAAUUUAACGAUUUGGGCGCUGGCCGAUUCUACGAUCCUCGAACGCGCCAAUCUUUCAGGUACGAUCACCUAAGGAAAGAAGCUUCCGACUAUCAGCCAUACGAACCAGACGCAACGGCCGAAUCGUGGCGUGCGGCAUUGGAUGCGGAAAUAUUGACUUAUACGAACGAUCAUUAUCGGCACGGCGUUUCGUCGGUAUUUGGCCGAUCGCAAGGUAGCCAAAUUACGUUAACCGUUUGCAUCGAAGAUCAUCAAUUCCAACCGAACAAUUUUUGGAACGGCCGAUGGAGAUCACAGUGGCAUGUUACGUUUCAACCGGGCAGUGGUAGUACUGCGACCGAUUUGAAAGGAGUUCUGAAAGUACAGGUUCACUACUACGAAGAUGGUAACGUUCAAUUAGUUUCGUCGAAAGAAUGCCGUGAAUCGUUAAUUGUGUCAAAUGAAGCUGCCACAGCUAAGGAAAUAAUCCGUUUGAUCGAAGAAGCUGAAAACGACUAUCAAACGGCGAUAACAGAAAAUUAUCAGAAUAUGUCCGAUACGACGUUCAAGGCAUUGCGUAGACAGUUACCGGUCACGCGCACCAAAAUCGAUUGGAGUAAAAUCGUUUCGUACAGUAUCGGCAAGGAGCUUAAAACACAAUAGAGUGGAAUCGACGGAUCGGACGGUAUGUCGUUUUGUGUUUUUUUUUUAUUGUAUAGAAUCAAAGUAAUAUGUUCGACAGUCGAUUCCGUUUUUGGCGUGGGCGACAAUGAGAGCGCGGAGUUUUUGUUUGGAUUUUAUGUUAUACAUUAAAAACAACAACCAAGAAAAUUAGCUAAAUUGAAAGACCAUUUUCGUUUGAUCGAACUUCUUUUUUUUUUAUUCAUUUGAUUUGGUUUCUUAUUUUUGAUGGCAUAGUUCGGUUUAUUUGGAUGGGAUGAAGACCGGUGUUUCGAUUGAAAUGAAAAUGUCUGCGAAUGUUUUAAGGAAAAAAGAUUUUUUUGAAAAGAAAACAAAAUGGGACAAACAAAACGCCGGCUUUAUAUCAUCCGCUAUGAAACGAAAAGCAUUUACAAUCAGUCUUAUUUUGAAAGUUUAAAUUAAUCCAUAAAAUAACAAAACAAACAAAUUUAUUAUAAAUAUUAUUGUUAAAUUUUACCUUUAUAAUUAAAUAUAUUUAAUAUUCAGAAAUAAUAAAAAA